CAUUCGUCCAAUCACUCCUACAAACACUCGUACAAACACUCGCACAACCACUCAUCAAAACAUUCAUCAAAACAUUAAUCCAAUCAGUCUCCCAUGCAUUCUCUCCAUCAACAAUUCAAUCCACUUGUCCAAAUACUAAGUCAACACAACACACAUUAUCAUUCACAUACAAACACACACACACACACCCAAACACUAUCUCACACUCUCCUUCCCAAACACACACACUCACUCAUUCACUCACUCUCUCACUCACGCACUCACUCACUCACACACUCACUCACUCACUCAAUCAAUCAAUCAAUCAAUCAAACAAUCACACACUCGUGCACUCACACACACACAAACACACAAACACACAUUAGUUCACAUCCAUCCAAUCGAGUGCACUACAUGCAAUCCAACAAAUCACCAGUAGUAUCAGUUCUGUGCACAACUAACUCAAACACAUCUCACACAAACAACACUGCGUACAUUGCAUACACACAAUCAACUAACACACUCACCUGUUGUACUCUCCGUCAACAUAACCUCAGUUCCCGUAGUGUCGGUCUCCGUAAUCUCGGUCUCCGUCGUCACUUCGUUCGUGCCAGUAGUGGUCUCAGCUACAAUGGACGAAAUACAACACCAAUAAUUAAUCAAUCAAUCAAUCUAUCAAUCAAUCAACUAAUCCAUCAAUCAAUCAUCACAUCAGUCCUUCAAUCAAUCAGUCGAUCAUUCAAAUAAUCAACAAAUCAACCUAUCAAUCAAUCCAUCGAUCAAUCUGUCAAAUAGAUUAAACCUUCAACAAUCCAAACAUUCGUCCAAUCACUCCUACAAACACUCGUACAAACACUCGCAC